GCCAAAGUCUUCUCCUUUAGCACUGAGUUUGCAAUUAGGGUCAUUAUGAAGUACAUCCUGAUCUGUGCCACAAUUUUUCUGCCUUCUUUAUUUGCUAUCCCAAUAGAUCCCGGUGCUGAAGAUGAACCAGGUGCUGAAGAUGGACCAGGUGCUGAAGAUGGACCAAGUACUGAAGAUGCAAAACGUCUACAAGUUUAUCUGGACAAAUUCUUCCCAACACAUCAUAAAGGUGGCCGCAGCCUGCAAGAACGGAUCAGAGGAAUGCAGAAAUUCUUCCAUUUGGAUGUCACCGGGAAAAUGGAUAAAGCUACAUUAAACGUAAUGCAACAGCCUCGGUGUGGGAUGGCAGAUGACUUGGAAAGACAGAGGCUUCAAAUAAGUAUCUGGAAUAAACGAGUCCUCACAUACAGGAUUAAUAAUUACACUCCGGAUAUGCCAAGAAGGUUGGUCGAUGCAGCCAUAGCAAAGGCAUUCCGUGUUUGGAGUGAUGUGACUCCACUAAGGUUCCACAGGGUUAACGGGCCUGCUGACAUUGAAAUACUUUUUGCACAUGGUGUACACAAUGAUCAUGUGGCAUUUGAUGGCCCAGGACGUGUUUUGGCUCAUGCUUUCUAUCCUGGACGAGGACUUGGGGGAGAUACACAUUUUGAUGAAGCAGAGCACUGGUCAGAGUAUGACAGACAGGUCAACCUGUUCCUUGUUGCUGCCCAUGAAUUUGGUCAUGCUUUAGGACUUUCCCAUUCUAAUGUCCCUGGCUCUUUGAUGUUCCCAACCUAUAGUUACACAAACCCACGUUACUUCCAUCUCCCAGAUAACGACAGACAAAGAAUCCAGAGAUUAUAUGGAUACAGGAAGUAAAACCAUUGCAGAACCCACUGCAUUUAAAUGGCGUGGAAGAAUUUAUAUUUUGCACAGAUCGCAUCAUUAUUUCAGCUAAGUUUA